GUUUCGUGAUCAAGUUUUUACGAGAAAUAGUGAUAGUUGAAACAGUUCUCAUAGUACCAUAAUGAAGCUUCUAAUAGAAUUGUAAUUAAUGAGUAAGGGGAACCUUCUCAACAAUAGUUACGGAAGGCUCUUGCUGACGUAUCCUUUCGUGGGUCGUGGAGGCACUCAAGCAGAGGAAAAGGCACCCACAAAACGAAAGAGAGACCCGGACGAGUUGCCAUCGAUAAAAAAGCUUCUAAUAUACCGUUAGAAGAAACUAAAUCAAGUGACCGAAUCUUCUCCAUGCGUCGAUUAAUUUGGCGACGCCCACUAAAGAGUUGAAUUAGCAGAAUUCUUCGGCGUGACGUAUUAGUAAGCAUGGCGUCGAUAGGGAGUAGGCGAAAAUUAUUUUUCAUCCUCCUGAACAUUGGUUUACUUACACGAACUUUGUCAAGGCCGAUGGAAGAGGAUUCAAGGCCAGAGACGCGGAGAAAAUCGCUGGUAUCUUCAAUGAAGAAUUCCGGAAUAGAUCAAGUGGGAAAUCCUGAGGAUCUUGCAUGGCAAGCGUGGCUCCUGGUGGAUCAGGGUGGAGGCAAUAUAGGUGGUGGACUAGAUUCCGCCAGUCUUCUUCGGAAGAUCACGCCAAAGAGUAUCUUCAUUGCUCCAUCGUUGCAGGCCCUGCCUGCGUGUGCUGAAGGAUAUCAAGCCGACCCGAUGAACCGUUGCGUCAAGAACGUAAACAUCAAUCACGAAGCGCAUCUCGACUUUCUUGUCCAGAGGUUAAACGCUAUGUACGCUAAUUUGGGAGGUACCAAGCCGGAAGCUGCAGCUAGCUCUUCGGAUUCAGUUCCCACUGGACCACUGCAGCUGGAUCUCCUGAAUAUUCCUGUUGCCGCUAGUCCUGAAGACCAGGAGGAAGACCAGGAGGAAGACUUCGAUGAUGAGUCUCAAGCACUUUCUAUACCUUCGUCGGAAGUAAAACCUCUCGAUAGAGAUGAAGGAGCUAAAGUAACUGUAGAUGAGAAGGCUGAGGAGCACGAAGAUGAAUCGGAUGAGAAGACAUUUUUUCAUGAAGCUCCAACUACCAAGGAUGGUAUUGGAAAUAAUAAAAGCAAUUCUACAAAGUAUGACGGUAUUGUUUCAAUAGUUGCCUUCGUCGAUGACACCAACUCGAGUUAUUCAGAAGUCGUUGGUUAUAAAGUUGAGCCUGACGAGAAAAUUCAUAAUCAUACAAUUGCCGAGGAAGUGACGGAUUCGCAAUCAGAUGACGACAAACGUGAAGAGUUUAAGGAAAAAUGGCCUUUGAAUAACUCAUCAGUUUCUCCAACUGUUGUUCUCUUGUUGACUCCAACCAAACUACCAGUUUCAAAGCUGGACGUUCAGAAAGAUGACAAGUUGAAUCCAGAAGUUGAGGAAAUUUUCGGUGUCAACUUCUCCGAACGCUUACCAACUACCACGACACCAUUUGAAAUUCUCUUCAAUGAGUCUGCUGUGGUAGAUCCAGAGAUGAAUACGUCGAAGCCUCAGUUAUUAGACAUCAAGGAAUUGGCCGAGGAAACUGAAACAGAACUUCCUGGACAACAUGAAGAUGUAGAAGACAUCGAAGAAUCAUCGAAUGAUGAUGAAAUUCUGACACAUAGUGAAGCUAGUAUGAUAGUGACGGCGCAGCCCCGUAUUCAGUUAUUAUCAAUCCCUGUGGAUAACAAUAAUGACACGACUUCGUCUAAAAUAUCGAGUUCCACAAGCAUUAAUGAUGAUUUCGUUCGGGAAACAAUAGUCGUCGGUGUGAAUAUUCACGAAAAUGCAAACGCAACGAAUUCAUUGAAACUUGAAGAGACGACAUCGCUCAAAUCUCUAACGGAUGAAAACCUCAUGACAGUCACUCCGGCGUUGUUGACGGACCAGGAAACGACAUUUCUCGAUGAAGACUCAUCAUCAUAUACGGAAUACCCGGAAAAUGCGGAAAUCACUGAAGACGAUACCGAUGGUAAGAAGGAAUCCACAACAAUGGAGAACGUUGGAACGAAACAAGAAGCGCUUCCGGCAAUAACCAAAGUGCGCGACGAAUCCUCCACGAGUCAGAAGGAGAUGAGUUCAGUAAUACGGAUAGAAGAAUUGCCUGUAAAUGAAAAUAUCCAUGAAAUAUCAUCCACGAGGGUUCCAUUGAUCGACAUACAUCACAAUCCGAACAAGUCUGACAACUCCGAAAUUAUGACUGCGUCUUCAUCUAACAAUGCAGAAGCCAUUGUCAGUCAAUAUCCAUCUGAUAAUCCUCAGUACUCUCCAUCAAGCAACUAUAAUAACAGAAAGCGAGUUGAUCCUCAUUCCACUGAGUUUCCAAGCAGGGAUGAGUCCAAAUACGUGACAUUAAUAACUCCAGACAACUCAGACGUCUUCACGGAAAUCAAGACGAUUGAGGAUCAGAUGGAUUUGCAGAAGGUAUCGGACGCGGAUAGCUUCUUUCCGAAUCACCAAAAUUUGGGUCUGGGAAAUGUGCCUAAUGAUUUUGUUAGGUUUCCAAAUUACAAUCGAAUCCAGAAUGGGCCCAGCUAUGUAAGGUUCCCAUCGGAGGGAGUUAACAGUAUUCAUUCGUAUGAGAAUUUCAAGGGCAAUCAUCAUCAUCAAACCUACAGUAAUCAAGGUACCGUGAAUAACCUCUCUAGUCCUCAGAAGCAGGUUCAUUGGCGAGAUUGGCGGAAUGACCGCCAAGGCUCAAUUCGGCCUAGAUUUGGUGUCAACGAAAAACAGAAGGAUCGAGCUCCGAUAUGGUUCUGGACGAGAAUGCCUCUCGUGAGGGACCCUAGUCUACUUCACUAUCCGGUAUCAGGCACAUUUGAAAGUUCCGACAAGCGAUCACAUGAAAAUAGGAGGUUCAACUACUUCAAACCGACAUCUCGUGAUGUCUCUAGACCAUUCGUUACAAAUACUCCCGUUGAAGGCUGAGCAAUGUUAAACUCGUGGUGACUUCUUGAAUUGGAAUCACAAUUGUUCUCAUCAGAGGAAUUGAAAGAACAAGUUCUUCCAGAGAAGGGCAAGAACUUCAAUUAGGGUACGACCGGCGAAGUCGUUGAAAACUAAAAAUAGGUUUUACAUGGUGAAAUCAUUUAAGCGCUGAUAUAGCACAAAACAUGCUCAGCCGACGCAUAUUGAAAGACUGAUUAAUCAGAAAAUUAUGGUUAAAAAAAUUAUAUGAAGCAUAUAUUUAAAAUGAGAAUCAUUGAUGUGUUGGGUGGCCAUUAGUCGAAUUAAGUGAAUGCAGUGAGUCAUUUCAUAUGAAUUUCCACGACUUAUCUUCGAACGCACUUGAUGUCAAUUGAUCCAGGCGUAUGAAUCUAUUUAUUUUUCAUGAGUUUAAAAAUUCAAAAUCCUACGUGCAAUCUGGAUGGUAUAGUGGACGAAGGUAAAUGUGUUUUUUUUAUGGUAAAAACAAUAAUCAUGAAAAUGGCAUUACAGCGGAAAAAGUUAAUGUGUUUAUAUGCGCAGUAUUUUUAUUUAGGGUCCUAAUGUACGUGCUAAAUGUGUAAAUGUUGGUAUCAGCUUGUAGAAGUCAAUCUCAUCCUUUUCUAGAGCUGAGAAUGAUUUUUCUUUUAAGAAAAAUAGGAAGAUUAUUGUGAAUUGACUGUGUCAGUGUUUAGAAAAAUCAGAUAUUGUAGAGAAAAUUAUUCGUUUGAAUACUUUGACAUUACGGCCAGUAACAGUUACCGUCUCAAAUCUCAGUAACGUACAUGAAAUACAUUAAUUUUGAAAAGUUGGCCCUUUUCAAGAACCUAAAAAUUGAAAAUAAGUGAAAAUUUCCAUAAAGCUAUCUCAGUAUGUUGAUAUACAUAUCGAAAUUAAUAUGUCAUUAAUGGUUGUGUACAUAAUUCAUUGUUCAAUUAUCUGUAGCGUUAAUUGUAUAUACCGCAUAUUACCGAAGUCGUAAUUAAUCGGAAUUCCAUGUUUAAACCAACGAAGUAAAGUAAUUAAUUAAUUAUUAAUGAAUUGCGGUAGUACCGAGUUAUUGUAUUAUUUAUAUAUCUAUUAUAUAUAUAUAUAUAUCUUAUCGAUCUUAUAUACGGAGAGAAAAAAUUCAACAGAAAUUCCACGAAAAUACAUUCAUCUGCAAGUCGAAAUAACAAUCCAGUAAAAAAUAUAAACCAGUUAUGUACUUUAUACAAGUUGUUCUGUAAUUGUAAUGAUUUAUUUUUCAUACGAAUUGAUGGAAUAUGAUUUUGACUUACGCCAAAUUUUUCUCUCCGUAUGAAAUGUUGCAAGGAAAAAAUCGAUCAAUCAAAACUGUCUACCAAUGAUAUUGAACCUAAACCAGUGUUCUGUUCUGCUUUUGCUUUUCAUUCAUCGAGAUGUCAGAACAAAUUUGAAAUUCCCUUCAAUCUUCGUAUGUACAAAUAAAAUUUAAAUGCACUAAUAAUUUUGUUUCCAGUACUUUCAACCCUUUUUACGAUAAGAAGGUAACGACUGGAGUUUUAGAACCUUCAAGUUUAUUUUGUAGACUCAAUCUCUUUCGUUAUUUCCGUGGUUAUUUAUAUACUUCAGGGCGGGAUGCAGUUUCUAUAUUUUACUAUAACGUACAAGUAGGGGAGAGACGUAAAAUCAUAACUCAGGAAAAUUUCUUCCACAAGAGUUUUUUAAGGCCCGGAUAGAUUAUUUGGGAAAGAUUAUUUACUCCGAAAUUUGGACUCCUAGUUACUCCGGAAAUUAAUAGUUUUUUCCAAUAAUUGUUAGCUA